ACGUGCAGUCACGUGACUAAUUUUAAUUUGCUCAUAUAAAACAGUAGAUGGCGCUGAAAGCAGUCUCGUCUUUUCAAGAGUGUGAAGUUUGGCGAGUUUCGUCUGACUCGUUGCAGGGGAUGAGACGAUAUUUAGAGGCAAUUCUGUAGGCGAAUCCAGUUGUAGCUUAUCCCAAUACAUAUUUCAACGCAUCGUUGCGUGUGCGUGCAUGCGUAUACGCAUGUUCCGCUCGGAGCAUUGCACGUACGCGCGAGAAUGACAGUCCAUUUGCCCGUUCGAGAACGCGCGUGAGCGUUCGGAAUCGCGAAGGAUCGUCCAUCGAACAUAUGAUCGUUGCCGAGAAAUGACGAAGCGUCGUGUCUCGUGUAGGCAGUGAAACUUUCCGAGCGAUCAACCAAAGUGACAAUACAGACAAGGAACGAAACGGACAACCAUGAGUUCCGUCUGGAAACGUUUGCAACGAGUGAAUAAGAGAGCCGCCAAGUUUCAGUUCACCGUCUCUUAUCAUGAGGUCACGUUGGAGACGACGACGAAAUGGAAACCAAACAAACUGAGCAUUGUCUGGACAAGACGUAGCAGAAGAGUUAGUUCGGAACCCUUAGACUGGGAGCCAAGUUUGAGCGAUCCACUAAAGGGUGUUAUUAGCUGGGCAGUACCUGACAAUCACACAGUUUCCGUGACGCUAUUCAAAGAUCCACGAACACACGAACUAGAAGAUAAAGAUUGGACAUUUGUCAUCGAAGAUGUAUCAUCGACGGGAAAGAGGCGUCAUGUCGCUGCAACCAAUAUAAAUAUGAAAAAAUAUGCAACCCUUGAAUCUAGCCAGCAACAACUCAAAUUAGACUUAAAACCAACUUCUAAGAAGAUUGUUAGUGCUACGCUCGAAUGUACUUUGUCAUGUGUAUUCCUGCGAGAGGGCAAAGCGACGGACGAGGAUAUGCAAAGUAUGGCUAGUCUAAUGUCGGUUAAUAAUAACAGUGACAUUGCGCCAUUAGAUGAUUUUGAUAACGAAGACAUACCUGAAGAUGUUGAAGAGGUAUCGGUAAAAAAUUUGGACGAGAUAUUAGAUAUCUCGGCUCAACUUGAUUUAAUGACAAGCAGCCUCACUGAAAGCGAAUUACCUAGCACUCCUAUAAGCGUGGCAAGUUUAUCAAAGGAUGAUACAACUCCUGUAAAUGAUGGGGAGCGCUUUAUACGCGAUAUUAGUCUAACAGGAAUUGGAGAUUCUCUGAAAGAAAAAUCACCCAUAAAAGACCAUGUUGCUGCUGAAAAUGAUAAAAACAUCGAACAUAGCGCGUUAAGAUUGCCGUUGCAGCCAUUGGAUUUUAAAAAGAAUGAUGCAAAUAUUCCAAGACUGAAAGAGAUUACUCCAGGUCAAGACUUAUUGGAAUGGUGUAAAGAAGUCACUAAAGACUAUCCCGGUGUUAAAGUUACCAAUCUGACGACAUCUUGGAGAAACGGAAUGGCGUUCUGCGCAAUUAUUCAUCAUUUCAGACCAGAUCUGAUAGAUAUUGAUUCGCUGUUACCCCACGAUGUAAAAGGCAAUUGCAAAAAAGCAUUUGACGCGGGCGAAGCUCUAGGUAUACCCAGAGUUAUAGAACCAGCAGACAUGGACAUAUUAACCGUACCUGAUAAAUUGGCUGUGAUGACAUAUUUGUAUCAAUUGAGAGCGCAUUUUACAGGCCAUGAACUGGAGGUACACCAAAUAGGUAAAACAACAGACGAAUCUUCUUACAUGAUUGGUAGAUUUAACACAGACAACAACACAGACGUGAGUGUCCAGUUAUUUGGUCAAGAAAUUAUUAACUUACGAAAGAAGGAACAGAUCGAUCAGAAAAAUAAUAAAACGGACAAUAACCGACGAUCGAAUCCAUUUGACAACAAAAAGGACGACAUCAGCAUUGACUCGCUGAAAAAUAAGCUGCAUUUGAGUCUGAACACAGACAAUCAAGAUCACGAUCAAUGUAAUAAAGAUAAGUCGCCGUCUAGCGUGAAAGAAGUCAAGGAUAUCAUAUUGGCCAGCUCGAAAAGCAUUCUGGGCAAAGUGUUAUCACCAACCAAAGAAAAGUAUUCAUCGAGAGAGAAGAGUAAAUCCCCACCGAGAGUACAACAAGCGCAGCAACGUCCGAUACUUAUGACACGCCGGCAAUUAACCGAUCCGUUCGGCUCCGACGAUGAAGAGGAGAACAUACAGAUAAUCGACGACAAAUGGUCGCAAUCGAUCUCGAUUACCAAAUCGCAAAGCCCGAUCCGUGAUGAUUUGGUAAACUCUGAUGGCAGAGGAAGUCGAGGUAGUACAGAAUGCCAAGGUGCAUCACCACCAUAUGGAGAACAACGUUCGCAACACUCAUUAGUUAGCCGGCACGAGGAAUUGCGAGAGCGUGCGAGACAACUCUUAGAGCAAGCCAGAAACCAGACGAAGCCAUCCGGAUUUGUUUCCGCCGCGAUCAGCCCCGUCGAGGCACAGAAUGACGACGAAAGGCAACAACAAUUGCGCGAAAGGGCGAGACGCUUGAUAGCGGAAGUGAAAAUGGGCGUUGCUGUGACUCCGAGUCAACUGAAUGAGGAUAACAGCAGUGAUAGACGAUCGAUAGACGAUCAGAACAAUAGUCCUAGACGUAGCAUCACGCCAUCGACCCCUGGUGAUAGACUCAGUAUAAAGUCUGAGUAUAAUGGAAACAUCUUGGGGAAUACGAGCGUAAUAGACGGUGAGAAGAAAACUGGUUCGCCUUUAUAUUCCUUCUCCAAAAUCAUAGAACGAAUCUCACCCGAUAAAGGAAGUCCUGACAGAACUCCGUAUACACUUCGCGGGUUGGGUAAAGAUAUGACAUCGUAUAUUCAAAAUGAGCUCGAAGCGCUUGAGAGGGAACAGAAUCAGAUCGAUAUACAGGCUGGUAAGCUUGAAAAGCAAUUGAGAGCGGCCAUGGAGAGUGAUAACGAAGACGAAACGGAAAGACUGAUGUCUCUAUGGUUCACACUUGUUAACAAGAAGAACGCACUUUUAAGAAGGCAAAUGCAGUUAAACAUAUUGGAGAAAGAAGACGACUUAGAACGACGAUUCGAACUUUUGAAUCGUGAAUUAAGAAGCAUUCUCGCGGUAGAGGAUUGGCGAAAAACAUCCGAGCAAAAAAUGCGUGAAAAUUUAUUAUUGGAGGAGUUGGUGUCCAUUGUGAAUAAAAGAGAUGAAUUAGUUCAUCAUCUCGAUACACAAGAGAGAGCCAUUGAGGAUGAUGACGAGAUAGAGCGCGAUUUGUCUCGUGCUGGAUUAGCUCAACGAAACAAAAAUUGUGUUGUACAAUGAGGAGUUUUAUUUAUCGUGUUUUUCUGACACUAUUAUGAAGGCAUGACCCAUUUUGCUGCAAAGUUGCCAAAGAGCCGACGAAAUUAGAGAUUGGAGAGUUAAGUAUGGUGUUUCAUGAUCUACAAACAGAUUAUUUUUAGAAACUCAUAUCUUUUUUAUUGUGCAUUAUAAAUGAAUCCAUUCGAAAUAGAUUCAUAUACUUUAUUUUUUGCUUUUACCAUAAAUAUACUAAAUUCAUAAAAAGUUCAAAGAAAAAUAAAGAAAAAAGGGAAUUCAAAUAUCAACAAGCAUUAGAUAAAUAUUAAUCAAUGAGAUGCAUAAAAGCACUUGAUUUUUUGUAUGCUAUUGAAUACAAAAUGCCGAUUAUUUCAUAGAGUAAGCAUUUUAUGGCGUGUUUUAAGUGGAAUUGUAAUAGAAUUGUGUGCAAAUAGAUGAAACAAUAUGUGUUAUUGAGUAAAAAAUCAUGCAAAACACUUUCACAAUUGAUAAUAGAUAAAAUAAUAUGAUUUUUCUUUUUUUAACUAAGAGAUAAGACACAUUUAUAUUUAGCAAAAGUAGGGCGGACGCAAAUGCAAGGAAUAAAUGGAAAGAAUGGAAGUUGGUAAUAAGGAUAUAUCUUCAUGAGAUUCAAGAAGUAAUUCAUUACAAAGUUAUCAAAUAUUGUACAUUAUAUUAUUAUUUUGUUCAUACAAUUUUACAAGUUAUUAAUUAUAUUCACAUAAUUAAUAACUAAUUGAGGAAUAUAAACAUAAUGCAACUUUCAAUAAUUGCAAAUGAACUUGAAACAUCUGUGCUUUAUGUAGAGAUUUACUUUGUGGCGCCAAGAUAUUUAAUAUUGAGAAACCAAAGAAUUGUGACAAUUAAUUACUUUGAAUCAUUAUUCGCACGAAAGAAAUAUUAAUAACACAUUUGGUCGAUCAUAUCGUGUCUCUCUGUAAAUAUUUUUGAUAGCUACUAUCGCUCUGGUUAAAGAGAUUAGUCAUAGACGUGCGUAUGUGUUAAAAGCAAUUACCAAGUUCCAUAAUCGAUCUAAAUCGAUAUUUCGCUAUCGAUUCAAAUUGAUUCGCGGAGAAUAGAGUUAUUACAAAAAACGCGCGUUGGAAUUAUGUCUAGUUUUUGGACUCGUCGUUCUUUUUCAUUCGCAUAUACUCUAUUUGUGCCAUAUAUAUAACGUUGACAUAUAUUUUACGUACUAUUUGUGUAAAAGAUUCACAGUGCAGAGGGAUACAUUAAAGGUAAAUAAUUUUACUGGUUGUGUAACACACUUUUUUAAGGAGACGUAAUAAGAUUAUUCUCAUUAGGACUAAUUCUCCUUAUGCGAUAUAUUUGCGUGUAAGAUACUGCAUUGACUGCAAGUAUUUGGAAUGAAAUGGUACGUUAUUUUUAAGUGUUUUGGCCGUGAACUGUAACAUAACAUGUAAAAAGAAAAAAAACUUAUUUAUUGGCUCAACAACAAUUGGCUAACAAAAAA